UUAAGAGGAACCAUCAAAUACUUUCAACAGGGAACGAUUGAGGAUUAAUAAUCCCAAUUAAAUCUGUUGAUGUAACUUUUGUUAUCUAAAUCAAGACUUUCUGGUAAGUUUGAAUCAGAUCACAUUUCGAUAAAAAGUUAUGCAAGAAUGAAAUACCAAUACUACUAGAAAAGGCUAAUACUGCGUUGAGACGGCAAAUGUUUGUGUGGCAUUUGUUAACUCACUAAAUAGAAGUACAGAGUUUUACAGUGACAGUGACAUUUUGCAUACAAAUUGCUUAACAAGACAGACUUUAAAAAUAGACAUCUCGUGCACACGCACAAUAUAGAUGGGCUACGCACGACACAUUAACAAAGCCCACAUAUGUAGUGUUUUAAAACUAAUAACUCUACAAUUUCUUCUCAAACAAUCGGAUUAAAAUGUGGUACGAUGAGGUAUUUUAAGAUGAGCAAAAUCCGACAACGUCUAAUAAAAUCGAAGAACAUAGUCUGCUUCAGACCUGUGCAUCUUAUUUGGCAAAAGUCCAUCCAAACGAUUAUGAGCACUUUGUAAUGCAAGUUAUGCAAAUUUUCAACAAUAUUUCACACAAGCCACAACAAAACUAAAACGAACUAAUGUAAAAAGUAACAUUUUAAGGUAGCAUGAAAUUAAAAAGUAUAUACCUAUCCACGAUGCUAGGAGAAGUAAUGAAAAAAUAGAGAGAAUAUGACAUCACAUCAGAGAGUUAUAGAGGGUAUCUCACUUUUGUAGUCUUGGUAGGCUACAUUAGGAGACGUGCUGGUUAUAUGGCGAGUUAAAACUGUGCUGUGAUUUUUCGCCACAUGGAUAUGCGUGGCUCAUCCUGCUUAGUGUUUAGGCAAUAAGGCUAAGCGGGCUGUAUUUUUAGACCCUGAGUUCAGAUGGCAAUACUGUCCGUGCAAAAACCUAAUUUGAAAAUUCGACAUGACACAUCUCUUCAGAGCAAAUGUGCACAGCUUUUCAUGCUGAAGAGUCUCUAGUGUUGAACAGGUGGUAAGUGUCAAUUCAAAUAUAUUCAGUUCACUUGAUAUCAAAAUAAGUUCACCUUGGAGCAAUUUGACAUCAGAAUUUGCUGUAAUGAAUACAAUUUAUGCCACACUACCACCAAGAAGAACAAUGCAGCUUCUGUCUAUCUACAUGUAUUUAAUUAUCUCCUAGUCUUAUGAGAAAUAAUAAGCUAUCUAAUACAUACACAUAAACCUAAUUAUUAUGAGCACAUAAUUAUGAGCACAUCUUAGUCAUAUCUGUUAUAUGUCAUGCUGCUAAACUGAUUUGUAAGUGCUGGUGUGUUCUUGCAGGAGCUGCACUUUCUGGCAGAAGUGAAGGUGAACUGAAAGAAUGGCAAAUGUUUGUACCAAGCAGUCAUACCCAUCUAGCCACAGACCAUCAAUGCAAGGCGCCAAAGAUAAACUAGAUGAAACUGAUAACAGUGCCUGCAGGCCACACUCUAUAUGCGAGGACACAACAUCUGUCAUGCAGGGCGUCAUUUCUGCAGCGACCAGUCAGCCCCAGGAAUCCCGCAGGAGCUCAUUCACAGGUGCUGGGGCCAUGGCCAGGCUCUCCCAUUUCCUGUUUAUGCUGCGAAACUGGGCAUCCAACAGGCUGCAACACGAAGUUGAGCGGCCCGACUCCUUCCUGGAGCGAUUCCGCGGGCCUGAGCUUAAAGACCUCUCCAGCCGCGGUAGCAAUGCCCAUACCUCCACACAGCACCCGGACCAGCUUCGCAAGAAGAAAGAGACAUGGAUCAUGGACCCAGCCACAGACAAUUAUUAUCGAUGGCUCUCAAUAAUAGCAGUGCCAAUAUUUUACAACCUGAUGAUGGUCAUAACAAGAGCCUGUUUCAAUGAGCUUCAGGACACAUACACAAUCCUGUGGGUCAUUUUGGACUAUACCUCUGAUGCGCUGUACUACAUAGACACAUAUGUAAGAUCAAGAACAGGAUUCCUGGAGCAAGGCCUCCUAGUUAAAGACACCAAGAAGUUGUUGAACCAUUAUAUAAAAACCCCACAGUUUAAAUAUGAAAUUUUGUCAAUGAUUCCAACUGAUAUUAUAAUGCUGAAGGUGGGAUACAACAAUCCAGAGCUGCGCUUUAACCGCCUCUUUAGAAUGGGACGGCUCUUUGAAUUCUGUGAUCGCACAGAGACCAGAACCAGCUGUCCCAACAUCUUCCGCAUAAGUAACCUUGUACUUUACAUUUUGGUGAUUAUUCACUGGAAUGCCUGCAUCUUCUUUGCAAUUUCUAAAACUAUUGGCUUUGGCACUGACACUUGGGUGUAUCCCAAUAUUAGCCAUCCUGAAUAUGGACGACUAGCUAGAAAAUAUAUCUACUGUUUGUACUGGUCCACUCUCACGCUCACCACCAUUGGAGAAACUCCUCCUCCUGUCAAAGACAUUGAAUAUCUGUUUGUCAUUACUGAUUUCCUUAUUGGAGUGCUGAUUUUUGCUACUAUCGUUGGUAAUGUUGGUGCCAUGAUCUCCAACAUGAAUGCGUCCCGUGCGGAGUUCCAGGCUAAGAUUGAUUCCAUCAAACAAUACAUGCAGUUCCGUAAAGUCACCAAGGACCUGGAGGCCAGAGUCAUCAAGUGGUUUGACUAUCUCUGGACAGAAAAGAAGACAUGUGAUGAGAAAGAGGUGCUGAAGAAUCUGCCAUACAAGCUCCGGGCCGAGAUUGCCAUUAAUGUCCACCUGGACACAUUGAAGAAGGUGCGAAUCUUCCAAGAUUGUGAGGCCGGCCUGCUUAUCGAGCUGGUGCUCAAACUGCAGCCUCAGGUCUUCAGCCCUGGAGACUACAUCUGUAAGAAAGGUGACAUUGGAAGAGAAAUGUACAUUAUCAAGGAAGGAAAGCUUGCAGUGGUGGCGGAUGAUGGGGUCACACAGUUUGUGGUACUCAGCGAUGGUGCUUACUUUGGAGAAAUCAGUAUCCUUGGUAUCAAAGGCAGUAAAGCUGGGAACAGGAGAACAGCCAACAUCCGGAGCGUAGGUUACUCUGACCUCUUUGCCUUGUCCAAAGAUGACCUGAUGGAGGCACUUACAGAGUACCCUGAAGCCAAGAAGGCCCUGGAGGAGAAAGGCAAGGCCAUCUUGAUGAAAGAUAACUUGAUUGAUGAGACAGUGGCCAAUGCGGGUGCUGACCCCAAAGAUCUGGAGGAAAAGAUUUUGCGGUUGGAGAGCAACCUUGAUGUCAUGUCCACCAAGUUUGCCAAACUCAUGGCAGAGUACAUGUCAUACCAGAGCAAGAUCAAGCAAAGGCUCACUUACAUGGAGAAUAAAGUGAAGACACUACAAUCACAACAUCUUUCUGAGGUGGUUGAAGACAAAAAAUAAGAAGAAAACAAAACAGACACACACUGUGAAUGCACACAGCAUAGACAAUUGGGUCAAGGGGUCUUUACUUCUAACAAUGUAGUUUUUGGAUAUAGGUAG